AGAGACAGAAAGAGGGAGAGAGAGGAGGACAGGAGAGAAAGACAGGGGAGGCACAGAGAGAACAGGAACAGACAGAGAAGGGAGAGAGAGGAGGACAGGAGAGAGAAAGACAGGGCGGGCAUAGAGAGAACAGGAACAGACAGAGAAGGGAGAGAGAGGAGGACAGGAGAGAGAAAGACAGGGUGGGCAUAGAGAGAACAGGAACAGAAAGAGAAGGGAGAUUCUAAAGAUUUUUUUACUUAUUUUUUAUUUUUUUAUUUUAGAUAAACGUGCUAUGAAUUGAACUCAUAUAGAGCACAAGACAUGCUAACAGAUUUAGUAGAUACAGUAAUCUAUUUCAUCUGGUCCAUUCACUCAGUAGGUUAAUCAUUAGCUCAGUUGGCCACAACAGUUACAAGUGCUAGCUUACUUUACAGUAUUGGAUGACCUGUUAUCUAUCUAGCUGCUCUGUGGAGCGCUGCUCUGUGUGCUCAUUGAGAAACUUUGCUCCAUUUGGGCUCUGUGUGUGUGUGUGUGUGUGUGUGUGUGUGUGUGUGUGUGUGUGUGUGUGUGUGUGUGUGUGUGUGUGUGUGUGUGUGUGUGUGUGUGUGUGUGUGUGUGUGUGUGUGUGUGUGUGUGUGUGUGUGUGUGUGUGUGUGUGUGUACAGCAACUAGUUUCUGCCAUGACAGGUGCUGAGCUUAUUUGUGCUGUUAGUCAGCAAAUAAUAUGUGGCUUUCUGAAGAACUUUGCCAUGUGAGAAUCAGCUCAGAAGUAGUUGUGACAGAUUUAUGUUUGGUUGCUAGGUAGGAUUAGCCCUUACAUGUUUUAUGAAGCAUGGCUAAUGCGUCACAUUUUCAAAUCAGUUCAACAUUUUAUUUUGAAGUGCAUGUCUUGGGCUUUUACAGUCCAAUGGAGAAAUUGAGGACAACUUCAGGAUCGCUGUCUCGUUUCCAUCAGGACCCAGAGGCCCAGGUGGUGCCCGUGGGGGGUGCUUCCCGCUUUGAGUGCCAGAUAGACGGAGUGCCCACGCCAAGGAUAACCUGGGAGAAGGACCAGGAACCCAUCCCCAGCCAGCUUAGGUUCAUCUCUCUCCCUAACGGUGUGCUCCAGAUCUUGGGGGCGGUUAAGGAGGAUGGGGGUGCGUACCGCUGUGUGGCCUCCAACUCUGCCCGGAAACGCUUCAGCCAGGAUGCCAUCCUCACUGUCACUACAGGUCCUGGCCCUGCCCAAAGUGAGGUAGUGAUCGUGGCACCUCCUCAGAAUGCCACGGUGGUGCAGGGGCGUCCAGCGGUGAUGGAGUGCAUGGCCAAGGGCGGGCAGCCCAAACCCCUGGUGUCCUGGAGCAGACAGGACGGGAAGCCCAUCGCCACCGACGUGGUUGUCCUGGAAACUAACCUCGUGAUCCCCAACACACGGCGUAACCAUGCGGGGGUCUACGUCUGCCGUGCCAACAAACCCAAGACCCGCGAGUUUGUCAUAGCUGCAGCUGAACUUCAUGUGCCAGCCCCACCAGUGAUCCUCCAGCUCCCAGAGACGGUGUCGCUCUCUCGGGGAAACACGGCCAGGUUUGUGUGUAACAGCUCUGGGGAGCCUCCCCCGGCGCUGCACUGGCUGAAGAAUGGCAAGCCGGUCAAGUCUAACGGAAGGGUGAAGACCCAGAGCCCUGGGGUGCUGCUCAUCAACCAGCUGGGCCUGGACGACGCAGGGUACUACCAGUGCAUCGCUGACAACGCUCUGGGGACGGCCUGCGCCACAGCCAAGCUGUCUGUCAUUGUGAGAGAGGGUCUACCCAGCCCACCACACCAGCUCUCUGCCACGCCCCACUCCAGCACCACCGCCCUCCUCACCUGGGAACGGCCCGAACACAACAGUGACCAGAUUAUAGGCUUCUCUGUGCACUACCAGCCCACUUCAGGCUCUGAUCACAUGGAAUACCAGUUUGCUGUGAACAACGACACCACAGAGUACCAUGUGAAGGAGCUACUGCCACACACAGCCUAUACCUUCUACGUGGUGGCCUACUCCCCCAUGGGAGCCAGCCGCCCGUCACGGCCCGUCACUGUGGAGAUGCUGGAGGACAUACCCAGUGCCCCUCCACAGCUGUCCCUGCUCAGCACCUCCCCUACAGACAUCAGAGUGAUGUGGCUGCCCCUGUCCUCCCAGCACAGCAGAGGAGCUGUCACCCGCUACCGCAUCGACUACUCCACACUGGAACAGGUGGACAACGUGUUUUCUGUGGAGGUGGGGGGGAAUGAGACUCAGCUUACCUUGCGGGAGCUGCUGCCUAACCAGGCCUAUCGACUGCGGAUGGCAGCGGGAACGGGAGCAGGCUUUGGUGUGCCGUCAGAGUGGAACCAGCACCACACCCCAGACCACUUUAACCACAGCAUGGUGAUCUUUGCUCCCACAGAGCUAAAGGUUAGGGCCAAAAUGAACUCCCUCCAUGUCACAUGGCAGCCCCCGCCCAAUCACACGCAGAUCUCCGGCUACAAGCUCUUUUGCAGGGAGGUGGUUGGUGAGGAGCUGACCAAUGGGGAGGCUCUUCCUGAGAGGGAGAGGGUGAGGAGGAUGGAGGCCCACACCAUCAAGCUCCGCAGGAGGGUCAAACAUCAUGAGGUCUCUAGUCUGGUCCCUGACAGACUAUAUGAAGUGAAGGUGUGGGCCUUCAAUAAGCAGACAGAGGGCUAUGCUGCAGGAUGGAAGGGCAGGACAGAGAAGGCACAUGGCAAAGCGCCCCCUAAGGGGAACCCCCCUCCCCUGCCCCCCAGCAGCAUCAAGGCUACAGCCAACAGCUCCACAUCCAUCUGGCUGCGCUGGGAGAAACCUCGCUUCAGCAACGUCCGCAUCAUCAACUACACCGUACGCUGCAGCCCGGCCGGCAUCAGAAACGCAUCGCUGGUCUCCUACUACACCAGCUCUGCUCAGGAGAUCCUCUUGGGGGCGCUAAAACCCCACACCCGCUAUGAGCUGGCUGUGCAGUCCAAUGGAGGAGACAUGGUUGGUCCCUUCAGCGGCACCGUGGAAGAGUCCACUCUCACUGACGUACCCUCCACCCCCCCAGCGGAACUGCAGCUCAGUGCCUUGGACUCCUCCUCUGUGUUGGUGAACUGGCGCCCGCCUGUGGAGCCCAAUGGUAUCAUCAUCAGCUACAGGAUCCUAUACACCAUCAACCUCAGCCAGCCUGAGCACCUGUGGAACAACCUCUCCCAAGAGGGGACCAUCAUGAGUGCUGAGGUAACAGGGCUGUCUAGUGGGACACAAUACUUCUUUAAGAUGAGGGCGUCCACUGAGGUGGGGGUGGGGCCUUACUCCCCAGUGAAGGAUGUGUACACUCCUCCCAAGAAAUAUGAGCUGGACAUCCAUGCAGUGACAGGCAUCAUAGUUGGUGUGUGUCUGGGGCUACUCAGCAUUCUCCUUUGUAUGUGUGUCAGCUUCCGCAACGGCAAGGCCAGAGAGGUGUCUGGAGGGCUGGACUCCACUGCUCUGCCCCCACAGUACCAUCAUGGGUGUAGGUCUGUGCCCACCAUGGUACCAGAAUGCAGUGAUUGCCAUGAGCUAGAGACCCUGAUGCCCCUGGGCAGCCUGGACCAUGACCAUGACCGCACCCAACCCCUCACAGAGCCCACUGAGGAGCACAGCCUCAUGGGUAAUGUAGGAAUAGGGGACGAUGCCCUAGGAGCUGAGCUCAAGGCUGCUUAUAAUGGGUCAGUUAGUCGUAACUGGGCCAACCGGAUCACCAAAUACAGGGAUACCAUCACAGAGGACUCUCCAACUCUUAACAAUGGAACUUUGGACAUGACCAACACAGAGAAUGGCAAGGGCAACCCUGGGGACCAACUGGACUCCUCCCUGUGCAGUAGUAACCAUUUGGAGGCAGAGGUCAUAGUUCACUCUGAGCUGAACAACCUGGAGAAGGAGCAGCAGGAGGCGCAGAGUGACAGGGAAGAGGACUCUCAGGCCACCAGGGGGCCUUCACUGUCCGAGGCAGCUUACUCCCCAGUCAGACAGCCUGCCCAGGCCCCUUUACACCCAAAGGAGCAAGUCAGACAGGCUGCCCAGGCACCACAACAUCCAGGGGAGCCAGUCAGACAGGCUGCCCAGGCACCACAACAUCCAGGGGAGCCAGUCAGACAGGCUGCCCAGGCACCACAACGUCCAUCGCCAGGGGAGGAGUCCCUACAGACACAACCCCUGCCCAAGGUCCCAUCCGGCCCUGACCUGGAGCCAGUGUCCAAUCACAAUGGGCAGCCAGAGGGCAUGGUUGGGGGCAUGGUGGGCGUGGCAGCCCAGCUGACUGUAGAUGUGGGGCGGCACCCAGAAAUGGGGCUCACCAACGGCUUCCACUCCACCAAGCCCCUGCGGCCAGGGCAGGAGACCCUGGGGAACGGGGACUCCAGACACUGCCCCCCUCCUCCGUCCCCCUCUCCUUUCGUCAGCGCCGGCCUUGUCCACUCUAACUCAGCAGCGCACAGCUACCUGUGCCCUUAGCAGGAGAAACAAACCCUCACACCAAGACCAGCUGGACGCCUUUCUUUUUCUCAUCCAUGAUGAAUCAAAUGUUUUUUUUUUAAAGCACCUCAGUAUCUGAUUUUCUUCUUCCUGGCUCAGUUUUAUAGGUACUUUGAAUCCAUUGUUUUAUAUGUGUAUAUAUACAGUAUAUAUUUUUUAGUGCUAGUAUGUAUGGGUAUUCAUUUUGUUGCAUAGCAGCAGUAUGUUAGUCUGGCCUUACUCUGUACUUUGCUACAGGCUCCUAUUACAGACGUACGAUGACGGAAUCAUAGUGUAGAAAGCAGGAUAUUCCUUUUUUCAUAAGCCUUGACCUGUUGGACUCUGAGAUUGAGCGUGGACGUGUGGUACUUCAAGACCUACCUUUGGUCAGCUGAUGAUGGUAGAGAGGCUCAUGAUUCAGCACCAUGGAUGAAGAUAGAGCAGAACCGUGACCAUGUGGCCCUUUCACCCUCACUCUGGCUCCUUUCAAAUGACUGAGCUGUUCCUAUUGGCUGUUCCACUGUAUGGAUGCUGCCUGCCCCAGCACCAGGAAAAAAGCCUGAUAUUUAGACACAGAGAGUGCAGACCUCCUGUCUCUCUCUCUCUCUCUCUAACCUCCUGCUGUCUCAGGAUCCACACACACAUUCCCUGAAUUGAGCUUGGGGGUCUCAGGUGCCUAAUAUUUUAGGAGCAUUUUUAACCUCUGUGUAUUUAUAUAGAUGAUUAUAUUCAACAAUAAUAGGACAAAUAUGUUGACACGGUAAAAUAAAUGAGGCAAUUGAAGAAAAUUUGAAGGAACCGCAUACAGUAUAUGUAGUAGAUAUAGGUUGCAUUAUUUGGGGGGGGGGGGGGUGGACAACCUGAUGAGAUGUGUAGGUGUAUGACAAAAUAACACAUCUUAAGCAGCGUUCUCCUGGUUUUGCUCCCAGUCAACAGCACUACCUCAUUUCUUUACAGGAUGGUUUGUUGGUGAUUUUAAUUGUGUCAUGCAGAUAGGUGCAUCUUUUAGAAUCAGUUUUUUAACUGUUUAAUUCAUAGCCUUCAAUACUUUCAGGAAUAACUUCCUGUCCCCCUCUUUCUGUAUACAUCGAUGCGUAUUACCUACAGGAAAUGACACGUAUGGUACAUAACGGCCUGUCUCAGAUCUCUGUUUAUUGCCCUUUUCCCCUUUAUCAGUUGUUCCGUUAGAUUUGGGUUUCCAACUGUCUUCACCCCCCUCAAUGUUACAUCUACUUUGGACCACAAAUCACUUUUCACCUUAGGUAAAUCAUGCAGCAGUUUAGUUACCAGGCCUGCUAUAUGGUAGCCUGUUACUAGACCUACUACAGAGGAAUAAGGCUCCGUCGGGUGGCCUCACCCAUUGUGAUGCCAUCUGACUCAUCCUCUCUCAGCUGUGUCUGGGCUCCUCCUUCUGCAGGUGGGGGGGAUGGAAAUAGAAUAGAGACAUAAACCUAGAAACCACUUCUAUUUUCAGUCAUAUUUACAUUCUUUCUUUGUACUUUUGACUCUCACCAGCCUGAGGUCUUUCACAAUACCACAUGUAAAGUCUACACCCCUUUGAACUUUUUUCACAUUUUGUUGCGUUACAAAGUGGAAUUAAAAUGGAUUUAAUUGACAUUUUUAUAUACUCUGUAAUUUUAUAGUGGAAGAAAAAUUCUAUAUAUAAGAUUCAUGAAAAAUAAAACACUUGAUUAGGUAAGUAUUCACCCCCCUGAGUCAAUACAUGUUAGAAUCACCCCAGUCACUUGGGUAAGUCACAUAAGAGCUUUGCACAUCUGGAUUGCACAAUAUUUUCUCAUUAUUCUUUAAAAAAUUCUUCAAGCUCUGUCAAGGUGUUGGGGAUAAUGGCUAGACAGCAAUUUUCAAGUCUUGCCCAACAAAUUCACACAGAUUUAAGUCAAAACUGUAACUUGGUUCUCAGGAACAUUCACUGUCUUCUUGGUAAGCAAAUCCAGUGUAGAUUUGGCUUUGUGUUUUAGGUUAUUGUCCUGCUGAAAGGUGAAUUCCUCUCCAGGUGUCUGGUGGAAAGCAGAGUGAAGCAGGGUUUCCCCUAGGAUUUUUCCAGUGCUUAGCCCCGUCUUUUCAUCCUGAAAACUCCCCAGUCUUUGCCGAUGUCAAACAUACCCAUACCAUGAUGCAGCCACCCCCAUGCUGGAAAAUAAGAAGGCAGUAACUCAGUGAUGUGUUGUGUUUGCCCAAAACAUAAUGCUUUGCAUUUAGGCCAAAAGGUGUAUUCAUUUGCUGUGGUUUUUUUUUUGCAAUAUUACUUUAGUGCCUUGUUACAAUACAUAUGCAUGUUUUGAAAUAUUUGUAUUCCGUAUAUUUGUAUUCUCUUUUCACUCUGUCAUUUAGGUCAUUAUUGUGGAGUCACUACAAUCUUGUUGAUCCAGCCUCAGUUCUCCCAUCACAGCCAUUUAACUCUAUAGCUGUUUUAAAAUCACCAGAGGCCUCAUGGUGACAUCCCUGAGCAGUUUUCUUCCUGUCCUGCUGCUCUGUCCAGAAGGACGACUGCAUCUUUGAUGUCUCUGGGUGGUUUAAUACAUCAUCCACAGCGUUAUUAUUAACUUGGCCAUGCUUAAAGAGAUAUUCAAUCUCUGAUUUGUUAUUGUUACCCAUCUACCAAUCACUGCCCUUCUUUGAGGCUUUCCAAAAGCAUACCUGGUCUUGUAGUUGAAUCUGUGCUUGAAAUUCAAUACUUUACUGAGGGACCUUACAGAUGUUGUAUGUAUGGUGGACAGAGGAAGGGUUAGUCGUUCAACAAUCAGUUCAAACGCUAUUAUUUCACACAGAGUCCAUGUAACUUACGUGAUUUGUUAAGCCAAAUGUUACUUCUGAACUACUUUGGCUUGCCUAAACAAAGGGGUGAAUACUUGUGCAAGAACUAUAUUUCAGUUUUUUAAGUUUUAUUAAUUUGUAAACAUGUGUAGAAUGUUCUUUAAACUUUCCCAUUAUGGAGUAUUUUGUGUAGAUCAGUGACAAAAAUAUACAAUUAAAUUUACUUCAAUCCCACUUUGUAACGCAACAAAAUGUGGGAAAAAACGUUCAA